AUGAGUAGGGAGCGAACGGUUGACAGCUUGUUGCUUCGGAGAGGACCAAGUCGCGCCAACUUGCCAGAUCCGGAGUCCACCGCCUUGGGCAGAACCCGGUAUCUUAUCGCGUCCGCGAGCUUCCCCAAGCUCCUAGUACGCAGGUUCAGCGUCCCCUGUUCUCACGUCUCGGAAUUCGUUACAGAUAGAUAUGGCGUCGCCAGCGCCACAUCACCGCAAUGCUUCAAGAUCCCCCUUGCAUCAUCGAUGUUACUCACCUCACCAACUAAGAGCAAACAUACAUUUGCCGAGGAAAAUGACUUCGGCUCUACCUUUCACGAACUAGACCCGCUGGCCCCGGAUGAGCUGCCAGAAACACUAGGCAAAGAUCUUUCAUUUCUUCUCCGACACAACAUUUUUCACCCACUUUCACAUAUCGAUAUUCCUCCUCCACUUCGCUCUGAAUUUGUGGUCCUAAAUCCUGGCGAACCACUCUCAUCCUCACUCGGUGUCCUGGAGAAGCUACUGUCCCAAGGUCGCUUUUUAGUUGCCGCACAGCUCGCCAGCUCUAUCCUAACAUCCUCCUUGAUCUCUCCCACGGACAUUAGAAUUAUUUUCUCUUUGUUCUAUACCCGUCUAGCCUGUCUAGAGUUAUCUGGGAAUACAGCGCUGGCUGCCCAGGAGUCUAAGGCUCUUGAGGAUCUCAACUCCGCAUUUUACUACCUCGAUUCCAGCUUUGAUGAAUCUGAGGCCAGUAAAAAACAGGAACAAUCUCAUGUGCACUAUGCCCGCCAUAUUGUACCAUGGCCACUUCGAGUCUUGGCGGUGCGGCUUCAAAGCAUCGGAUUCGGGGACCCCCGCAGGAGUAUCGGCGGCUUGUAUGAGAUUGGCCUGGAAGCCCGAAGAGAGCUUAUGAGGAAGGAAAGCAGUGAAAAAGAGCGAACAAUUUGGAGUGAAAGACUAGCGGAUCUAGGAGUUCGGAGCGUCAACGCGCUGGUGGAGAUGGGUGACUUGGAUGCAGCUAAAAGAUCGCUGGAGGCCCUCAAGGCCUCCGAUGAGCAGACGCAAGCUAUGAAACUAAGAAAGGCUCUUCUCUUUCUGCGAAUAGGUGAUCUCGAUGCCGCAGAACGAGUCUUUGGGGACUCUCGCGAUUCGAAGGAAGCGGCCCUCUUGCAGCCGCUUCUCAGUAUGUCAGAGGGUCGUUAUCAAGAUGCAGUGACCGAGUGGCGGACCCUUCAUGAAGAUGCGCAAAGGAUGGAUGGGGCUCUCGUGGCACAGAAUCUGGCCGUCUGCCUUCUUUACUCCGGAAAAUUGGACGAGGCACGCCAACUCCUAGAAACCCAAGUUGCCGCCAAUCACUCCUUCGGCAGCCUCAUUUUCAACCUUUCAACGGUCUAUGAGCUUUGCUCCGACAGUGCUGCACAACUGAAGGGGCAAUUGGCUGCUACCGUCUCAGAUCAACCAGUGUCUGGCCAGACCAAUCUAGAUCGGCCCAACACUGACUUUAAGCUAUGA